AUGGGUGUGAAGGUAAAGAAUCUCGAUAGUGAGGGCUACCGGUUCAGAUACUUCAUGCGAGGGAAGCCUGGAUCCCAACCAUCUGUGCUGAUGCUUCAUGGAUUCUCACUCAACAAAGACAUGUGGUUAAACACCAUUGAAGUCUUUCCUAAGGGCCUCCACUUGAUCUGCCUUGAUCUGCCAGGUCACGGGGGAACCACUCGCUUGCUUGGAGAAAGUUACACAGCAGUUGCUCAAGCUAAAAGGAUACACCAGUUUGUCCAGUGUGCUGGCCUGAACCACAAGCCUUUCCAUCUGGUUGGCAUGUCCAUGGGAGGCAUGGUUGCUGGGGUUUAUGCCGCUCUCUAUCCAGCCCAUGUCUCCUCUUUAGCCCUCCUCUGCCCAGCUGGCCUGAAGAUUCCAAAACAAAGUGAACUGUUUCUGUGGUUAAAAAAGCUAGUUUUAUUGAAGGAUCUUGCCAAGAGUGCUCUUGUUCCAGUUACUAAGGAGCAAACAGAAAACUUCAUGAAACUUUGCCUAGCCCAGCCCAACUUUUUAAAGAUGCAGCUCCUAAAGGCAUACCUUGAGGAUCGGAGACCACAUAAGAUGUUUUUUGCAUUGUGUUUUCUGGACCUCACCAGCACUGAAUCGAAGUACAGCCUCCAUGAGAACAUGAGGAAAAUCAAAGCUCCCACCCAGAUCAUUUGGGGAAAGGAGGACAAGGUUUUUGAUUCUUCGGGUGCAGAAAUUUUGGCGGAUGCCAUUCCUAAUUCCCAAGUGCAUCGGCUGGAGAAAUGUGGACACUUCAUAACCCUGGAGAGACCCAGGAUCUCUGCAAGGCUCCUCUUGGAAUUCUACAACUCAGUCUGUGACUCAGCCAAGCAGAAGAAGGUGGCCUGAGGCUCAGGAAGUGCCAGAUGGCUGGAGACAGGCAAGGUCUGCCCCACCACUAGCCCCAUGUUGACUUCUCUGGCUGGUCCAAUGGGAGCUGCAACUCAAGAUACUUAGUAGGCAGCACAGGUGGUGAGGACCUAGAGAGAACAAAGCUUUGCGCCACCAUUCCAUAAAGACCAAUCAAGAAUUGAUCCAGCUUUCUAAUGGAACUUGCACUUCUCUGUGUGUAGCAUUGGUGUUACUCCAUGUAGCUAUGUUUAUUUACCUCCUCUUCACUCUAAUUGUCUUUCCUCUGAGCAAAGACUGCUUCCAAAUACUUUUUCAGUUUUCUGCAUUGUGAAAUUGUAUGGUUCCUGGCACAGUCACCCAGAACCACAAAUUCCUCAAUUUUCUCCAAUAUCAGAGGCAGAGCUCCAAACAGGAAAAUAAAUCAGCUGACAGGCACUUCACCUAUUUCCUCUGAAAUCAACUUAUUUUAGGGGGCCCCGAUAUCAAAAAGAUUCCAAGGAUGACAGAAAUGGAACAAGACUGCUUGGCAGACUUUAUGAAUCGGCAACAACAAAAGCCCUUAGCCUGCUCUGACAAAAGGAAAUUUUAGAUUAGUAGGGAGCAAAGGGCUACAUCUCUGCAUUAUCAAUCUAUCCCAGCAGGGUACUGGAUUUAAUUAUUUCCAUUGUAUCUUUCCAAUUUUAUAUAGGAUUAAUAAUAGUUUUAAAAAUUCCUCUCUGGAAGGCAUGCUGAGCCUGCAAUAUAACCGAGGACUUUGUGGCAACAUUUUGUACAAAUAUGCACGUUAAAGACCCACUUCACUAGCAUGGUGAGAAAGAAUGUCAUGUGAUUGAAGACUAAGGUUUGAAAAUCAGUGAUCCUCAGUGGUGUGUCCACUGUUAAUUGCAUCUACUUCACUUCUCUUGGAGAUGGUGGGAUGUUUGGUACCCUCAAGUUACUCUCUGGAUUAGCCCCCCAAUUUUUCUUUGCAAAAUUUUCAGUAGUUUGCCUCUUCCUAAGGCUGAAAAGGACUCAAUAGCUGAAGGUUACCCAGCUGGCUCCAUUCCUAAAGUGAGACUAGAACUCACAGUGUCCCAGUUUCUAACCUUGUGGCUUAACUAACACACCAAAUUAGCUAUUUUGGAUUAAGUUAAAUUAACAAAUCUCACCUUUUUAUCUUUUUCUCCCAGUUCACUGAAAUUUUAUUUCCUGCUUCCUGUGAUAUCACGGCAAUGCAAAAGUGAAGAGCCCAAGCUGACCAGGUACUGGCAGAACCACUGCUGCUUGACUUGGUCAUGCUUAUUAUUUCACUUUACAUGUCACUUGAGUAACAUGAAAUAAUGUAACGAGAAGAAGGUACUGAUGUAAUAGUAAUAGUAGUAAAGUUGGAAGGGACCUUGGAGGUCAUCUAGUCCAACCCCCUGCUCGGGCAGGAAACCCUACACCACAGGCAGCAAGAUCUUCAAGCAGCUCCUAAUGCCUUCUUGAAGAGUCUUGCUUGCGUGUGGUGUUUUUGAAAAUGCAGUAUGUCUAUUUAGGGAUAGGUUCAGCGUUUUAAAAAAAUAAAUCAAAAGGUGCCAGAACUCACAUGUCAUACAACCCGCUUUGCCUACCCUACAAGGUUCCAUCCCAAAAAGGUGCCAGAACUCCGUUCUGAGCGUUCUAUGAGAAAAAAAGUUCUGGAUAGGCUGUUCCAGGAAAAGUGGCCAUCUCUAGGAAGGUUAAAGCAGAGAGUUCCUGUAGAUGGCAAGCUUCUUAGUUGAUAAAAGUGUCUAUGAUAAAAGCAUUUAAAUCAGCAUUUUUUUCCAUCUCAGAAUAACACUGUUCUUAAGAAAAAGAAUUAUUCCUAGUUCUUGCACUAUGCAUUAUCUUUUCAGUAUUUGCUGCUUUUAACAAAACCAGAAUAACUGCUCUUUUGAAAAAAACGGUAAAAGGACUGCAUUGGUUGGAUUAAAGAAAGCACACUCACACAUGCAAAACUGCAGUCAGAAAGGAUGGAUAUAGCAUGUCAGCUUUUAUUAGUUGAAAGUAAAAUCAAACUUCAGAUCAGAAUGAGACCAGUGUCUUAGGUGGAAGAUACUUUCUUCCCAUCUUGGGCAACACUACAGUGCAAGAACAGAUCUCUCUGCAAAACUGCUCACACUUUGAAAACAAUCAUGUGGCAGAGGUAAAAAUAAUUUAAAAUACACCCCCCCCCAAAAGACAAAAAAUAUGCCUCCUACCUAAUGCAACAGAACAGCUUAUCAGAAUCAAUGUGUGUCCUUCUCACAGGCAAGACACAUUUAAAGCUCUUAAGAGCCUUGAGGUAGCAUCUUUAUGCAAAAUUAAAAUUACCUUUUGGACCAAGCUGGAAAACAUCCACAGCAAUCCACAUGGUUUUAAGCUUUAGCUCGGUUCAGAAAAGAUGUGUCACGCUCCUGCCAGAUUAGGGACUGUUUCCCCCCCCCCCAGAAGAUCAAAGUCCAGCACAGCCCUACGACCUGCUUAAGGAGAACCCACAUAAAAGGCCUCCUCAAAGGAAAUAUGUGCUUAGAAUAAACAGAAACAUUCGCCUUACACACACACACACACACACACACACACACACUAUUCACAACAACAACAAAAAUAACUGGAGUGGAAAAGACCAGAAAACUUGUAUUUUUUGUCAAACUAAUUUUACAAAGACAUUUCAAGAAAAAAAAAAGAUGACAAAAUGGACGUCAAGUUUCCUCCCUCCUCAAAGCUGCGCUUUCUUGUCUAUUUGUUUUAGAUUUCAUUUUAAUACAUCGUGAAAAUUUGUGCUGUGACAUCAACAGACAUAUCUCAAGAAUAGGGACAGUAUAAGCUCCUCCUAGAAACCUCAAAAAAGAAAUGUAAGUUAAAAAAGACACUCUCAGAAGACACCACUCUGGUUAGCCACUUUGCUGCUGAGUUCUCUUAUUAAAGCUAGACAUCACCAAUUACCUUAUGUGAAUGAAGAGUAGAUUUGCCCUUAGGAAAGAAGGUUACACAUCAUUUUGAAAUGAUGUGCAACAUGAGAAGUUAAUGAAGCCAAGUUAAAGGAGGGAUACAAGGAUGGAGAUGAAUUAUUCAUAACCGAUCUUGCUGACAUCCAGCUGGAUUUGCAAAAUGAAAGGGAAAUCCACAAAGGAAGAAACAGAUGUUUACAUGAUUGCUCUAGCUUUCAUUCCAAAUACUGCACGAGUCAUUUUAAGUUAGACAUUAUAAAUAAAUUUCUACUCUGACAGAGGCCAAUGGCUCUUUUAAAAAAUAAUUUCUUUAAUGCGAUAAUCAAUCUAUGUGACCAAGAGUUUGAACUUGUAUUAAAAUCAGCCAAUGCCAAAAGUAUCUAUUCUAACUGGACCUAAAGGUAGAAUUCUCACACUCACAGUAAUGUCAGUAACCUACUAUCAUAAGGAAGUGAUUCAUAUAACCAGUUGUUCAGCUACAAACACACAUAUAUAGAUAAAAAGAUUUUGCACCAAUUGAAAAGAUAAACCCAGUUUGGGAUUCUGCAAAUCAGCCCUUCAAAUUGUUUGCCUUCAAAAUAAUAUAGGGUUUUUGUUUAAAGCAGAACAUGUAUAAUUAAUAUUAAUUCAUCCUACUGAUUUCGUUUUGAAAAUGGCUUUGAAUAUAUCCUCAGUUCACCUUUCCUGGAUCAUUUCUUACCAAUGUAGAAUCUUCAAAAUACCCCAACCCCAGCAAGUGGUUGCUGAAGAUUAACUAGGUGGGAGAGAUACCCCAAUUGUAUAACCUAUUAAAUUACAUCACAUGGCGAAAGACACAAAAGAACUCGAGUAAGAAAUGGAAAGGAAUGAUUUUGUAGCCAAAAUGGUGGUUCUAGAACACACUUGUUGAGUUCAGCUGUACCUUGGCCAAGCCUGAAGAGAAAAUUUUAAAAAAUGACUUGCUACUUAUAUAAGAAUAAAGGCUGUACUACUUACCUUUUUUCACCAAUCCCUUUUAUGAGAUUCAGAACCAAGUAAUAAUUUGCCCAAAUUGAGAAACAUGCAUUUAAAAAUCUUUGGUGUAAAAUCUUUACAUAAAUAAAGCAUUUUUUCCUCAGAUGUUCAAAUUGUAGCUAAGUUUAAAUUGAUAUAUUGGAAAAACAAAACAAAACCAGAAACAUAAAA